AUGGUAGUUUUCGCACAUCCACCGGAAGAGGAGCUCAACAAUCCCUUUUCUAUCUUCGCCAAUCCAGAGGAAAAUCUCAAGGUCCACACAGAAGUUCCGUACAGUGAUAAAUCCGUGCUCAGCUGUAGCAAUACGAAGGAAUCGCUCGAGAAACAUCUCAAAGUCACCGGAGGAAAAGUCUAUACCCGGUUCCCUCCUGAACCAAACGGUUAUCUACACAUUGGCCAUGCCAAGGCUAUGUUUGUUAAUUUCGGUCUGGCAAAGGAGCAAGGAGGCUGCUGUUAUCUGAGGUUUGAUGAUACAAAUCCUGAGGCGGAGAGGAAAGAGUAUAUAGAUCACAUUGAAGAUAUUGUUAAAUGGAUGGGUUGGGAACCAUUUAAGAUUACUUACACGAGCGAUUAUUUCCAAGAGUUGUAUGAUUUGGCAGUGGAGUUGAUUCGAAGAGGUCACGCUUAUGUUGAUCACCAGAAUGCUGAGGAGAUAAAAGAGUACAGAGAGAAGAAACUGAACAGUCCAUGGAGGGACAGGCCUGUUGAAGAGUCUCUUAAGCUUUUCGACGAAAUGAGACUGGGGAUGAUUGAGGAAGGCAAGGCAACGCUUAGGAUGAAGCAGGAUAUGCAGAAUGAUAAUUUCAACAUGUACGACCUUAUUGCCUAUCGUAUAAAGUUCACAGCUCAUCCUCAUGCUGGUGACAAAUGGUGUAUCUAUCCGACCUAUGAUUAUGCUCACUGCAUUGUUGAUUCGCUAGAAAAUAUAUCACAUUCGCUCUGUACGCUUGAGUUUGAAACCAGGAGGGCGUCUUAUUAUUGGUUAUUGAAGUCACUGGGUCUCUACAUGCCGGUUGUGUGGGAGUAUUCACGUUUGAAUGUCACAAACACUGUCAUGUCCAAGCGUAAGCUGAAUUACAUUGUGACAAACAAGUAUGUCGAUGGUUGGGAUGAUCCACGUCUUUUGACACUUGCUGGUUUGAGGCGGAGGGGUGUGACUGCAAGUUCGAUAAAUGCAUUUGUACGAGGACUUGGAAUUACCAGAAGUGAUGGUAGCAUGAUAAACAUGGGUCUUCUUGAGCAUCAUAUUAGAGAGGAGUUGAACAGAACAGCUCCACGCACAAUGGUGGUGUUGAAUCCUCUUAAGGUGGUCAUCACCAAUAUGGAAUCAGACAAGGUUGUGGAGCUUGAUGGUAAAUGGUGGCCUAACACCAAGAAUGAUGAUCCCUCUGCAUAUUAUAAGGUUCUGUUCUCUAGAGUUGUAUACAUUGAGCAGUCUGAUUUCCGAAUGAAGGAUUCGAUUAAGUACUAUGGACUUGCUCCUGGUAAAUCAGUCAUGCUUAGAUACGCUUUCCCGAUCAAGUGCACCAACGUUGUGUUGGCUGAUGACAAUGAAACCGUUUGUGAGAUUCAUGCGGAGUAUGAUCCCGAGAAGAAGACUACGCCAAAGUGUCUACACUGGGUCCCUGAAUCUUCACCAGGAAAAGAGCCCUUAAAGGUUGAAGUCCGGUUAUUUGAGAAACUCUUCAACUCCGAGAACCCAGCUGAGCUCAAGGAUAAGUGGCUAACUGAUAUGAACGAAAACUCCAAAGUGGUAGUUUCUGAUGCAUAUGCUCUUCCAACUAUUAAAGAUGCUUUGGUCGGGGACACAUUCCAAUUUGAGAGGCUAGGUUAUUUUGCGGUUGACAAAGACUCUAGCCCGGAAAAGCUUGUGUUUAACCGGACCGUUGCACUCAGAGACAGCUUCAAGUAG